AUGGUACAACGUGAUGGAGUUUCCAAAGAUUUCAACGAUAAGCUUCUCAUUCGGAGCCAUUUACGACGCCGAACCGAAGAUAUUGCUUUUUGGCGCAAACGAGCGGGUUGGUAUGACGAUGACCAGUCCAUGCGAGAAUACAACAGUGGCGUCUACGAUGCCUAUUACCAGGCAGACGACGACGGUAGUUACUACCUCCAAAGUAACGAAAGCAAUGGCCAGGUUUCUACCAAUAGCAAUACUGCGGCAACAGUUUUCAAAUUCGUAGCGUUCGCUGUGGUGACAGGCUUCUUCGCAAUGCUAAUUCGGGCGAUUGGGCGACGAGCCCGGAAAGAGGCACCCAAAAACGCCGACAGGAAAGAACGCAGGCGAUCGAAUUCGAAAGACCCUUCACUUUCGCGUUCACUGUCCCGUUCGCGAUCAAGAUCGCGAUCACGCUGUCGUAACGAUGCAUACGAUUUGAUGACGGAUGCAGAUGACGUAAGUCGUAGCAAGCGUUCCAGUAGGAGCAAGACUAGGCGCCCAAGCACAGGUCGCAGCACAAGUAGAACAAGAACGCCGUCCAGAACUCCCCGUGUAGAUAACGAGGUCAAGAUACAUGAACCAAUCCUUGUCUAA